AUGAAACAAGAUCCACAGUAAGCACCGUUUCAACAAGAAAAUCUGAAGUUUCAUCAGCAUCCGAAGCAUCAACGAUACCAACCUUAACUGCAGAACAAACUGCUGAAUCUACAACAAUUCAAGGAAACACAGAUAGUGCAUCAGUUUUUAUGUCAACCAGACCAAGAUUACAAACGGCUAGUGAAACUAAUCAAUUAGCAACACAAUCACAAUCUAGUUCUGCAACAGCAAAAACUCAAACAUCUACCACAAAUCCUACAUCUCUAAAGAUGGUGGGAUCCACAGCAUCACCAUCUUCAUCCAUGACAACAGCAAUAAAGUUAUCGAUGUCUUCUCCAUCUGCAGGAGUCUCCAGAGAAACAACACACACUGUAGUGCAGACAUCAGACGAUCAGGAAGGAACACAUUCUUUCACAAAACAAUUACAAAACACUUCAAAGCAAAUAAUGUUGAACGGAACAACAGAGAAUAAAACUGUAGCUGCAGAAACAACCAAAACACCUGCAAUCAAAGAAUCAUCCACUGCUUCAGAACCAGCUAAAGGCCCAACACCCAAUAGGUCAGUGGAUGUUCAAACAAAAUCAACACCGGCUGUGUUUUCACCUCCACAAAGUUUGCCUGAUGUUACAAGUUUAAGAGCACAAUCAAAUGCUCAGGAUUCAGAGACUUCAAAAGCUUCACCAUCAUUUUCAGAUCGACUGCCCACAACUUCAACACAAACUACUGGAUCAACAAUAAUUAGAGGAACAACGGACAACAAAUCACAUUUUAUUUCAACCAGAGUCCCAUCACAAACUGCAGGAUCUGUGACAGAGGAACGAAUUGAAACACAAACAAAAUCUAGCUCAUCUACUGCCAAAACCCAAGCCACUAACACAUCAACAAACCUGCCAGCACCAACAACCAGUCAAGACAGAGAGGCAACAACAGCAUCACAAUCUGCAGCUGCAGUAACAACAGAAUUUGACAUUCAGGAUGAUACUGAAUCUGCAACAACCAAAUCUGAAAAUUCAACGACAUCAGUGUCAACCAGACUCACACCCCAAGCUGCAGAGUCUGCGACAACACCGCCAAAAGAAACAUCAACACAAUCUAGUCCACCAACAGAAAUGAAUCAAGCCUCCACCAUGGAUUACACAUCUACACUGACAGUAAAGUCCACAACAUCAUUCAGUACAAUAUCAGCUCCUUCUGUAAUUUCUACAAAAGAAACAUCUGUAAAAGGAUUGUCUUUAUCUCCAUCUAUUACAACACCAUCCACAACUGAUAUUAUAGAAUCAACAACAAACAAGCCAGGCAAUGAAACAACACAAUUAAAAAACAACUCAGAACAAAACACUUCAGAUGUGACCACACAAAAACCCGCUACAAAUCAUAUUAAAGCAUCAUCAACAACAAAAACAUCAACUGUUUCAGGAACUGAUGUGCUUUCUUCAUCACCUCUAAACGCAACACAAACUUUGACUGAAGCAAUGCAACCAGAGGGUCAGAAUAAAUCUGCAUCAUCGACAACAACACAAGAAAAUACAACAGCAUCAACAAAAUUUUCAACACAACAACCCACAACUAAACAAAGCCAGCGGGUCGGUGUCUGCGUCAACAAGACAAACUACAGAAUAUGUGACAACACUGAGAACUUCAACACAAACACAGUCAAGUCCAUCAACAACUGCACCUCAGGGAUCUACCACAAAUCAGACGUCUACUUCAGUGGUGGAUGUGAAGACAACAGGAUUGAUGACAACAUCACCUACAUCUGCUACAUCUAA